CACCCUCUCAAAGCAGCAAUACGGUAGACAGUUCAUUUAAUUUGAACUACAGUUUGACAAUUUGUCUUCCUCCUCCCCCCUCUCCCUCCUUUCCUCCCUCCUCCCCCUCUGCCUACUCUCUUCCCCUCACUUCUCCACUCUCCAGUCCAGGAGGCUUGUAACCUGGUCCCCAUGGACCCUAACGGUCUGUCUGACCCCUACGUGAAGCUCAAACUCAUCCCCGACCCCAAGAGUGACACCAAGCAGAAGACCAAGACCAUCAAGUGUAACCUGAACCCCACCUGGAAUGAGACCUUCACAUUUCCUCUGAAGGACUCUGAUAAGGACCGGCGUCUGUCGGUGGAGAUCUGGGACUGGGAUCUGACCAGCAGGAACGACUUCAUGGGAGCGCUCUCAUUCGGCAUCUCAGAGCUCCAGAAACAAGGAGUGGACGGAUGGUUUAAACUGUUGUCCCAGGAGGAGGGAGAGUACUUUAAUGUUCCUGUCCAACCAGACGGAGAAGAAGGCAACGAGGAACUACGACAAAAGUUUGAGAGGGCUAAGAUCGGUCCUGGUAAGAACACAGAUGGCUCCUCCUCUAACUCCACCUCUAAGUACGAUAGCAACGGUAACCAGGACCGCGUCAAACUGACAGACUUCAACUUCAUUAUGGUGUUGGGCAAGGGCAGCUUCGGGAAGGUGAUGUUAGCAGAGCGUAAAGGAGCAGACGAGCUGUACGCCGUAAAGAUCCUGAAGAAGGAUGUUGUGAUUCAGGAUGAUGAUGUGGAGUGUACCAUGGUGGAGAAGAGAGUCCUGGCCCUGUCUGGGAAACCUCCCUUCCUCACACAGCUCCACUCCUGCUUCCAGACCAUGGACAGGUUAUAUUUUGUGAUGGAGUAUAUCAACGGAGGAGACCUCAUGUAUCAGAUCCAGCAGGUCGGCAAGUUCAAGGAACCCCACGCUGUUUUCUAUGCUGCAGAGAUCUCCAUCGGCCUCCUCUUCCUCCAUUCCAAAGGCAUCGUUUACCGGGAUCUGAAGCUGGACAACGUGAUGCUGGAUGCAGAGGGACACAUUAAGAUAGCUGACUUUGGGAUGUGUAAAGAGAACAUGUUAGACGGUGUCACCACCAAGACCUUCUGUGGGACCCCAGACUACAUCGCUCCUGAGAUCAUAGCUUACCAGCCCUAUGGGAAGUCCGUGGACUGGUGGGCCUUUGGAGUUCUGCUCUACGAGAUGCUGGCUGGACAGCCUCCGUUCGAUGGUGAGGAUGAGGAUGAGUUGUUUCAGUCCAUCAUGGAGCACCACGUCUCCUACCCCAAGUCCAUGUCCAAGGAGGCUGUCGCCAUCUGCAAAGGGUUGAUGACUAAGCACCCAGGGAAACGUCUGGGCUGUGGUCCGGAGGGGGAGAGGGAUAUAAAGGAACAUGCCUUCUUCCGUUACAUGGACUGGGACAAACUGGAGAACAAGGAAGUCCAGCCGCCCUUCAAACCCAAAGCUUGUGGUCGCGACGCAGAGAACUUUGACCGUUUCUUUACACGCCACCCCCCCGUCUUGACCCCCCCUGACCAGGAGGUCAUCAUGAACCUGGACCAGGAAGAGUUCCAGGGAUUCUCAUUUGUUAACCCAGAGUACCCCGACAUGGACUGACCAAUCACAGCGCUGCAUUAGCUCCAUGAUCCUGCCCCCUUCUUCCAGAUCUCAUUUCAUUACCAGGAUAUGGUUUAGGACCAAGGGUGUGUCCCAAUCACCUCUCCUCCCUCUUGAGCGUGCACUUGUCCACUACUCCCGAGUGGCGCGGCGGUCUAAGGCACUGCAUCUCAGUUCAAGAAGCGUCACUACAGACCCUGGUUCAAAUCCAGGCUGUAUCACAUGAUCGGGAGUCCUAAUAGGGCGGGGCACGAUUGGCCCAGUGUCGUCCAGUUUUGGCCGGGGGUUUGACCGUCAUUAUAAAUAAGAAUUUGUUCUUAACUGACUUGCCUAGUCAAAUGAAGGUUAAAUACAUUUUUUUUAAAUAAACACAAAUGUAAAAACAUUGUAAUGGUGUAAAGCUGGAGUAGAGCUUCCAUUUUACCACUAAUUUCCUUUCAAGUGAACAAGUGCAUACUUUGGGAGAGAAGGGGAGAGAAUUGGGACAUAGCCUAGUCCCUACUACCCAUAUCUACUGUUCAAACCCUAACCUAAACACAGAUCUAGGAUCAGAUUCCCCCCAAUGCCCCAGUCUGAACCAUUAUGGAGAUCUGACCUCUGAUCAGCGGUUAAAGACAACUUCUACUCAACAGAACAGAAGGACCCAAUGUGUCUAUGAAAUCCUAUAAAUGCUGAAUCCAAUCGAUUUUAACUCAUCGAUAAUAAAAUCAAUCAGUUACAUUCCACCAUCAACCAAUCAAAUGACCUCCCACUGUUCUGGGACCAAUAUUGACCGACUGAUCGAACUGAUCGACUUUCUACUAUUAAUGAUCAAUCAGGGUAUUGUUUUUGUAUUGAUUAGGGAUUUACUGUCAGAAUUGUUAUGACGUGUUAGCAUGUUAGCAUGUUAGCAUCAUGUUAUUACAGGGAGGGAGGCUGAAUAUACGUAGCCUCCUUGGUACUGUCACCACCACCACCUCACACACCAUGUUACGUUACUGUAAAACUGUGCCAAAGCAGGGUCAGAGUUCAGGGUCCAGUGUCCUCCGUUACCAGGGAGACACACUGCAGCCAUUUUGUGCCACAGAGCCCAACAACCACACCUCAGAAUAGUAUUCACUGCAACUGGAAACGCACAGACACACUGCAGCCAUUUUGUGCCACAGAGCCCAAUAACCACACCUCAGAAUAGCAGUCACUGCAACUGGAAACACACAGACACACCAGGGUUCAUCUCCAGUAGUCUGUCAACCCGGUCCAACCACCCAUCUCUAGAUAUCGCUCUGAGACCAGGGCCCAUUCCCUCUAUAGUGACCUGCUAUUGACCAGAGAGGGCCCAUUCCCUCUAUAGUGACCUGCUAUUGACCAGAGAGGGCCCAUUCCCUCUAUAGUGACCUGCUAUUGACCAGAGAGGGCCCAUUCCCUCUAUAGUGACCUGCUAUUGACCAGAGAGGGCCCAUUCCCUCUAUAGUGACCUGUUAUCGGUCAGGUCCCUGGGCCAUUCCCUCUAUAGUGACCUGCUAUUGACCAGAGAGGGCCCAUUCCCUCCAUAGUGACCUGUUAUCGAUCAGGUCCCUGGCCCAUUCCCUCUAUAGUGACCUGUUAUCGAUCAGGUCCCUGGCCCAUUCCCUCUAUAGUGACCUGUUAUCGAUCAGGUCCCUGGCCCAUUCCCUCUAUAGUGACCUGUUAUUGACCAGAGAGGGCCCAUUCCCUCCAUAGUGACCUGUUAUCGAUCAGGUCCCUGGCCCAUUCCCUCUAUAGUGACCUGUUAUCGACCAGGUCCCUGGCCCAUUCCCUCUAUAGUGACCUGUUAUCGAUCAGGUCCCUGGCCCAUUCCCUCUAUAGUGACCUGCUAUUGACCAGAGAGGGCCCAUUCCCUCUAUAGUGACCUGCUAUUGACCAGAGAGGGCCCAUUCCCUCUAUAGUGACCUGCUAUUGACCAGAGAGGGCCCAUUCCCUCUAUAGUGACCUGCUAUUGACCAGAGAGGGCCCAUUCCCUCUAUAGAGACCUGCUAUUGACCAGAGAGGGCCCAUUCCCUCCAUAGUGACCUGUUAUCGAUCAGGUCCCUGGCCCAUUCCCUCUAUAGUGACCUGCUAUUGACCAGAGAGGGCCCAUUCCCUCCAUAGUGACCUGUUAUCGAUCAGGUCCCUGGCCCAUUCCCUCUAUAGAGACCUGCUAUUGACCAGAGAGGGCCCAUUCCCUCUAUAGUGACCUGUUAUCGAUCAGGUCCCUGGCCCAUUCCCUCUAUAGAGACCUGCUAUUGACCAGAGAGGGCCCAUUCCCUCCAUAGUGACCUGUUAUCGAUCAGGUCCCUGGCCCAUUCCCUCUAUAGAGACCUGCUAUUGACCAGAGAGGGCCCAUUCCUUCUAUAGUGACCUGUUAUCGAUCAGGUCCCUGACCCAUUCCCUCUAUAGAGACCUGCUAUUGACCAGAGAGGGCCCAUUCCCUCUAUAGUGACCUGCUAUUGACCAGAGAGGGCCCAUUCCCUCUAUGGUGACCUGCUAUUGACCAGAGAGGGCCCAUUCCCUCUAUAGUGACCUGCUAUUGACCAGAGAGGGCCCAUUCCCUCUAUAGUGACCUGCUAUUGACCAGAGAGGGCCCAUUCCCUCUAUAGUGACCUGCUAUUGACCAGAGAGGGCCCAUUCCCUCUAUAGUGACCUGUUAUCGAUCAGGUCCCUGGCCCAUUCCCUCUAUAGAGACCUGCUAUUGACCAGAGAGGGCCCAUUCCCUCCAUAGUGACCUGUUAUCGAUCAGGUCCCUGGCCCAUUCCCUCUAUAGAGACCUGCUAUUGACCAGAGAGGGCCCAUUCCCUCCAUAGUGACCUGUUAUCGAUCAGGUCCCUGGCCCAUUCCCUCUAUAGAGACCUGCUAUUGACCAGAGAGGGCCCAUUCCUUCUAUAGUGACCUGUUAUCGAUCAGGUCCCUGGCCCAUUCCCUCUAUAGAGACCUGCUAUUGACCAGAGAGGGCCCAUUCCCUCUAUAGUGACCUGCUAUUGACCAGAGAGGGCCCAUUCCCUCUAUAGUGACCUGCUAUUGACCAGAGAGGGCCCAUUCCCUCUAUAGUGACCUGCUAUUGACCAGAGAGGGCCCAUUCCCUCUAUAGUGACCUGCUAUUGACCAGAGAGGGCCCAUUCCCUCUAUAGUGACCUGCUAUUGACCAGAGAGGGCCCAUUCCCUCUAUAGUGACCUGUUAUCGAUCAGGUCCCUGGCCCAGUAGAAAGUAGUGCACUGCAUUAUCUGACCACUGCCAAACAGGGAUGUUAUAGUUGAUACUUAACCAGGGGAGUUAGUUAGUACUGGUUUAGUUAACCAUGGUGUUAGUUAGUACUAGUUUAGUUAACUAGGGGGUUAGUUAGUUAGUACUUGGUUAGUUAACCAGGGGGGUUAGUUAGUACUAGGUUAGUUAACUGGUUAUUAGUACCGGGGGGGUGGGCGGUGUUCUGUAACUGUUUAAAGAGAGAUCUGAUUAUAUUACCAGUUAAAUGUGUCAAACCUGGAAAAUACUGGAACAUUUCUUUUCUUGUGUCAAGAGUGACUGGGUAUGAUGAGGAGGAUUACAAUGAUGAUGAGGAUGAUAACAAUGAGAAUGAGGAUGGUAAAUGAGGAUAAUGAGGAUGUUGAUGAUAAUGAUAAUGAUAAUGAUGAUGAUAAUGAGGAUGGUAAUGAGGAUGAUGUUGAUAAUGAUGAGGAUGAUAAUGAUGAUGAUCAUGAGGAUGGUAAUGAGGAUGAUGAUGAUGUUGAUAAUGAGGAUGAUGAUGGCUGAAUCUUGUUUUGUGUGUCCGCUGAGCUAAAGGCUAUAGGCCUCAUCUGAUCUUGUUUUGUGUGUCCGCUGAGCUAAAGGCUAUAGGCCUUAUCUGAUCUUGGGGAGUUAACUCAAGUGUCUACUGUCUUACAGGAAACUUACAGAGAUGUGUAACGAUGUAGGGAGAGGGGGUGUGUCGUUGAUCUUGUGUAAGUGUAAAUCUGUCUUCUGAUUGGAUAAUAUAAUAUAACUCAACUCACCUCCUGGUGCCUAACGUCUCAA